AAAUACCUAAGUCAUAGCUAAUAUACCCGUAAUGGUGUUGUUAUCUUGGUGGGGUGUCGCGAGCUUAACCACCCCUUGCAAGUCAUACUGGAACCUUCCCCGAUUGGUCAGGUCUUGUCCAAGAUCGUGGGGUUAUUGGAGGUUCCCGAAUGAUCAACACCAGCCUCCUUUAUACUUAAACUCCCCUUCUCUUCUUCUUUCCCUACUCUUUCAUCCGUUAUACGGUAAAUCGCAUCGGACGAAAUGGAGUACGAGAAGGGAGGGCUUCCUCCGUAUAGUGCCGUGGCCAGACCAGAUUGGCGCAGGCGCAAGUCUGUACGGCGUUCUCGGGCUAUUAAGCUCUUCGCUUUAACCUGUCUCGCAUUCAUCGUUUAUGCGCAAUGGAGGCAGAUAGACGGUCACCCAAAGGGUCGUUUAGUAUCCCAACUAUCGAUAGAAAAGCUGAGCGAAGACUUGAAAACUUGCGCUAAGCUGCGCUCUAAGCCACAGGAUCCCGUGGGCCUGGGCCGUGAGCGAAACGCGCGUUAUAUUGAUGGGCAUAAACCUACUUUGAUCAAGAAUGCGACCAUUUGGGUUGGGGAGCCCGCCGACGGAACUACUGAUGAGGAUGCUCGCGCUGGAAAGGGAUUUUCGUGGAUUAAUGCCGACCUUCUAUUGGAAUAUGGUCUUAUCAAGGAAGUCCGGAAAGAUAUUGAUGCUAGUUCGCUCCCGCCGGAUACUUUGGUAUGGGACGCUAAAGGUCGUCAACUCACGAGUGGUAUUAUCGACAUGCACAGCCACGCCGGCGUCGAUAGUCUACCGGAGUUAGUUGGAAACGAUGAUACAAAUGAGAUGGGCUCCAAUAUAACCCCAUACAUCCGUUCUAUUGAUGGUAUCAAUAUCUUCGAUCAUCACAUCCAGGUCAUUAAGUCUGGAGGAGUAACGACAAGCUUAAUAUUGCCUGGCUCUAGCAACAACAUCGGCGGCGAAGCCUUCGUUAUCAAGCACGCAGUUGGCAAGCCUGACGGUCGCAAUGAGACCUCGAUAAAUGACUUAUUGGCCGACCCUGAUCGUUCUUGGAGAUACAUCAAGAUGGCGUGCGGCGAGAAUUCUAAGCGAACGUACGGUAAAGUUGGCGAACACGGUCCUACUAGUCGGCUUGGUGAGUCUUGGGAAUUCCGACACGCUUUCGAGCAGGCUGCAAAGCAGGUCCAAGCUCAAAAUGACUGGUGUACUUUGGCCGAGUCUGUCGGUAUUGAACAGAUGGACAAUUAUCUACCGCAAGAUUUGGAGUGGGAGACAUUAGCUGCUGUGCUUCGUGGACAAGUUCAUGUCAAUACCCAUUGCUACACUGUCCCAGAUCUAGAAGCAUUUGUGGACCAUACCAACGAGUUCAAGUUCCCAGUUCGCGCAUUUCACCAUGCUCACCAGACAUUCCUUGUUCCGGAGAUUUUAAAACGUGCAUACGGCGACACGCCGCCUGCAUCAGCCCUGUUUGCCGAUAACAUGUGGUACAAGGCCGAAUCCUACAUUGGGUCCGAAUAUGCUGGUAAAGUCCUGUAUGACAACGGACUAACCCCGAUUUACGUGAGCGACAACCCAGUUCUGAAUGCACAACAUGUUGUCUUCGAGGCUGCGAAGGCAUUCGGAUAUGGACUGCCUUAUCAUGCUGCAUUAGCUUCGGUCACGACAGCGCCGGCUGAGCGACUGGGUCUUGGACAGCGAAUAGGCAAAGUUAAGCCCGGGUUCGAUGCUGAUAUUGUUGUAUGGGACAGUGACCCAUUGAGUGUUGGAGCUGCACCGGUUCAAGUUUGGAUAGACGGAACAGCACAAUUUGACAAUCCUGUCGAGUUGAAAAAGCCAUUUGCUACCCCUCGUAACUCCGAGCUGGAAGUUCCUAUCGCUACAGAAGAAUCAGUUAUUGCAGGCGAUGUAAUAUUUACGGGAAUCUCCAAAUCAUUUUUGCCGUCUCCACGGAGUAACUCCAACAGCAAUAAUUUGUCAGUCGUAAUAUCACAGGGCAAGAUUGGAUGUAUUGGAGACUGCGUAGCUGAGCUCGAGUCGGCUUCAAAAUCGGGAGUUAGAAUCAUCAAUCUCAAAAACGGUCAUCUAACAAAGCCGUUCACGGUAUUCGGUUCUCUGCUAGGACUGAACGGUAUUGACGCCGAAUCGGAUACUGAUAAUGGAGGCAGUCCAGAGAUCUUCAGCCGAGGCAUCGAUGGGCUCGCGUUUGGAACUAAGAAAUUAUAUUACGCGCAUAAAUACGGUGUAACCAGAGCCAUCUCGGCACCCAAAUACUCGGGACAAGCUACCCACCAGGGCACCAGCGUGGGUUUCCGCACUGUUGCUAAGCACGCCCUCGAUGAGGAUGCCAUAUUUGCCGAUGACGUAGCGGUGCAUUAUACGUUGGAUCUAACCGCAAAGCGUGGCAGCAUCUCAAUCUCGAAUGCUGUCAAUGCAUUACGCCACAAGCUUCUCGAAGCUAUUGGUGCAAAUUCGACCACUACAGACCCUUAUACCGAAGCAUCCUUUUUGAGUAAAGUCGUUGACGGUUCUCUGCCAUUAGCCAUUACGGUUCAUAGUGCUGAUGUUAUCGCUACACUAUUAAAGGUAAAACGGUCUGUGGAUAAUGCUAUUGCUUCAUCUCGAGGUAGUGGUAGCAUUUCUCUUGUCAUCAUUGGCGGUGCCGAGUCUUUCCUGCUAGCGGAUGAGUUGGCAGCAGCCAAUGUCGGUGUUGUCCUCAGUCCUCUGCUCUCAUACCGUACCACUUGGGAUCAGAGGCGAGCAUUAACUGGUGCGCCUCUAACAAAUGGUACUGCGGUCGACAAGCUUGUCGAGGCCGGAGUUCGCGUAGCUAUUAGCAUCAAUGAGGACUGGCUAGUGCGUGAUGUAGGUUUACUCGCUGGUAUUGCAUAUAGAAAUAGUCAGGGGGGGCUCAGUGAGGAAGAAGCGCUGGAUCUGGUCUCGGAUAAUGUGUAUGAGCUGCUGGGACUGAAGGGGAGCGAUGAUUCUAGGGAGUUUGUUGUGUUCGAGGGCAGUCCUCUGGAGAUUGGGGUUCGGGUUCGAGCAGUGGGAGGUGGUGUAGGAAAUGAGGUUACGUUGUUUAUGUAGUAUAGCGUGGUGUAACUAUAUUGAUUUGUCAUGUUUCUUUCUAUUGCUAAUUUCUCCCCGAGUCUUGAGACUACGUUUUCAUCUGUUCCUAGUUCUGUUAAAGGUUAAGUUAAGUAAGUACAGAAUAGACUUGAGACAAGUUUCACAUGU